AUGACCCCUUCUAUUACCGAAGACCUUUCUUCUCGAGUGGAUUGUGUCCCUGUUUCAAAGUACGGUGAUGACAGAUCCCGCCCCGUCCCAAUAGUCAAAGUCUUUGACAUUGUGACCGCCGACUCUGCAGCUGUUACCCAAGCCAUUAUUGAGGCAGGGGGCUGUGUUAUUCGAAACGCUGUUUCUGCAGAGGACCUUGCUGUGAUAGAGACAGAUACCAGAAAGUUCAUACAAACAGACGGAGAAUGGACUGGAGAGUUCUUCCCCAAAGAGACAAAGCGGGUAAUGGGAUUGGCUGGCAAAUCAAGCAUCUACAUGAAGACCAUUGCCAUGAACCCUCUUGCUCGAGCAGUCGCCGACAAUCUUCUUACAUCCACGCAUAGCUGUUGGAUUGGAUCUGAGUGGAAGACCUUCGUUAGCAAGCCUCAGUUGAAUAACACGGUCAUCUUCAGCAUUGCCCCAGGAGCCAGAGAUCAGGACCUUCAUAGGGAUGACAUGAUCCACCAUCAUCCCGUCAAGCGCCGCAUGGCAUCUGAGUACAAGAUUGGUGAUGAUACAGGGCUUGGCUUUUUUGUUGCCGGAAAGAAGACGACUCGUGCCAAUGGUGCGACCCGCUUUAUCCCUGGUUCUCACCUCUGGGAUCCUGCGACGCCCCCCGACGAGAAGCUAUCAUUCUACGCUGAACUUCAACCGGGAGAUGCGUUCUUGUUUCUGUCAAGUUGUUAUCAUGGAGGAUCGGCCAACACCACCACUGAUGAGGAAAGGCUGAUGUACAGCUGCUUCUAUACCAAGAGCUUCUUGAGGCAGGAAGAGAAUCAGUAUCUUGUUGCACCGGCUCAAAAGAUGCUGGAGACUUAUGAUGAUGAUACAUUGGAGCUUAUGGGUUACGGACUGAGCCCUCCGUUCCUGGGAUGGGUUGAUGCAAUGCAUCCGCUGGACUACUUGCGGGGAGAGAAGUCAUUCCGGGACUUGUACUAA